GUGCGCGGGGAGCGGUUCCGGGUCGUGGCGCCGCUCGGGGUCACAGGGCUGCUGCUUGGCCGGCCGGCGGUGCUAGCGGCGGGGGCAUGAGGGCGAGCCCGGAAAGCGGUAGCUGAGCCGGCGGGGAGGAACGCCAGCCCCCGAGGAUCCCGAGAGCGCGGAGCUCGGGGUUGGGGGCCGGGAGGCGCGGGGAAGCCGGGCCCGCUCCUCAGGAACGUGUCCCGGGGCCGACCCGGCCCGUAGUGUGGCAGCAGCUUCAGGUAGGUGAACCUGUGAAACAAUAUGAAGAGGAGAAAAUAGCAUUUUAAAGAAAUUGGUCCACAGAAAGGAUGGCCUUCUUGGACAAUCCAACUAUCAUUCUAGCUCAUAUUCGACAGUCACAUGUGACCAGUGAUGACACAGGAAUGUGUGAGAUGGUUCUCAUUGAUCAUGAUGUUGACCUAGAGAAGAUUCAUCCUCCUUCAAUGCCUGGAGACAGUGGGUCAGACAUUCAGGGAAGCAAUGGUGAGACUCAGGGCUACGUAUAUGCCCAGUCAGUUGAUAUUACCUCAAGUUGGGACUUUGGUAUUAGAAGACGCUCAAACACAGCUCAAAGAUUAGAACGGCUUCGAAAAGAGAGACAAAACCAGAUCAAAUGCAAAAAUAUUCAAUGGAAAGAAAGAAAUUCUAAGCAAUCAGCCCAGGAAUUAAAGUCACUGUUUGAAAAAAAGUCCCUCAAAGAGAAACCUCCAAUUUCUGGAAAGCAGUCAAUGUUAUCUGCACGCCUGGAACAGUGCCCUCUGCAGCUGAAUAACCCCUUUAAUGAAUAUUCCAAAUUUGAUGGCAAGGGCCAUGUGGGUACAACAGCAACUAAGAAGAUUGACGUCUACCUCCCCCUGCACUUGAGCCAGGACAGACUGAUGCCCAUGACCGUGGUGACAAUGGCCAGCGCCAGGGUGCAGGACCUGAUUGGGCUCAUCUGUUGGCAGUACACUAGUGAAGGACGGGAACCGAAGCUCAAUGACAAUGUGAGCGCCUACUGCCUGCACAUUGCUGAAGACGAUGGUGAGGUUGACACAGACUUCCCCCCGCUGGAUUCCAACGAGCCCAUUCAUAAGUUCGGCUUCAAUACUUUGGCCUUGGUUGAAAAGUAUUCAUCUUCUUGUCUGAUCCCCAAAGAGUCCCUCUUCGUUCGAAUAAAUGCUGCUCAUGGAUUCUCCCUUAUUCAGGUGGACAACACAAAGGUCACCAUGAAAGAAAUCUUGCUAAAGGCAGUGAAGCGAAGAAAAGGAUCCCAGAAAAUUUCAGACCUCCUCCCCUCCUCCUGCCCCUUUGAUCUUCCAGGCCCUCAGUACCGCCUGGAGAAGCAGAGCGAGCCCAAUGUCGCCGUGGACCUGGAGAGCACUUUGGAGAGCCAGAGCGCGUGGGAGUUCUGCCUGGUCCGCGAGAACAGUUCAAGGGCAGACGGGGUUUUCGAGGAGGAUUCGCAGAUUGACAUCGCCACCGUGCAGGAUAUGCUCAGCAGCCACCACUACAAGUCCUUCAAAGUCAGCAUGAUUCACAGACUCCGCUUCACCACCGACGUCCAGUUAGGUAUCUCUGGAGACAAAGUAGAGAUAGACCCGGUGACGAAUCAGAAAGCCAGCACGAAGUUUUGGAUUAAGCAGAAACCCAUCUCAAUCGAUUCUGACCUGCUCUGUGCCUGUGACCUUGCCGAGGAGAAAAGCCCCAGUCACGCGAUAUUCAAGCUCACUUAUCUAAGCAAUCACGACUACAAACACCUCUACUUCGAAUCCGAUGCUGCUACCGUCAAUGAAAUCGUGCUCAAGGUGAACUAUAUCCUGGAAUCGCGAGCGAGCACUGCCCGGGCUGACUAUUUUGCUCAGAAACAAAGAAAACUGAACAGACGCACAAGCUUCAGCUUCCAGAAGGAGAAGAAAUCGGGGCCGCAGUGACAGCGUCCCCCGCCCGCCUGCCAGGGCCCACCGCGGGCCACUGUGCGCCUGCAGCCCUGAAGCGGAGCCAGGGGGGCGGCUGGGGGUCCGCAGUGCGACGGGGCGGCCCGGCCGUCCCCAGGGUGUACAUAGCCAUGCAGACACGUCCUUGCAACUUGAUCAAAUUUCUUAAACGAAGAACAAAAUGUACAUUUCUUUUUUUUCCUUUUAAUAAACAGGUGUACUCUUUA